AUGAGCUGGAUGGACUCAUGGUCCCGUCCGUCCAAACAGGCGGCAGUUCCACCGCCGCUCUACCUCACGGCAGGGGAGGAUGUACCUUAUUGCCAUACGUGUGGCAGGGUCAUGAGUUCCCGCAAGUCAACGAAGGUCGCCACUAACCCGGUCAAGUACUGCUCUGAUCGAUGUCGACAUCGCAAGCCAGGACCGUCAGACAGGAAGAUCGAAGGCACCAUCGUCUCACUGCUCAACGCAGAGCAAGAUUCUGGGAUCGAGCAAACCGGCGCCCAGAGUAGGGUGGUCAAGGGUGAUCACCGUCUUAUUAUCACGAUGGAUGAAAUUGAGGAGAUUGUCUUUGGAAGUCGUUUCGACCCCGAGAAGGUAUAUGGAAGGAGGAAGAACAGGAAGAGUAGAGUGCUUGGCGGGAAGGGAGAGUGGAGGAGUGUUGAUAUGGAGAGUACAACUGAGCAGGAAUCCAGUGAGGACGAGGAAGAAGACGGAGGUGCUUUACUGAAGGAGAAGUCGGGUCCGAAGGUACGACCACCGCAGACAGAGUCAGAGGUCAACUUCAGUGUUGGCGGCGAGCGAGGAAAGGCCGAGAAGAUUGAGGAGACAGCAGAGGAUGCGGAGAAGAGGCUUGAUGGGAAGAAGAGAGCGGAGGAGCGAGAGCAGGUCAGGCGUGCGGCGAGAAGAUGCGUGGUGUUUGGUGUUUUGGAUGAUCGACCAGCCACGGCAAGUGCAACAAAGAAGGGGAAGAAGAAGCAAGAUGAUGGUCUCUCCAGUGAGGUGCAGAGACGGAAGUGUGAGGCACUAAUGCGUGGCGCCGUUGUUGAACCAUCGUAUGCGAAAGGCAACUGGUCGAUUCGAUGGCGUGAAGGAGUCUGA